GAGCCAGCGGCCGAGAAUUCGCCGCCGCGAGAAACGCCCUAAGGAGGAGGGGAGAGCGCGGGAGAGAGAGGGAGGGAAGGAGAGUGAGGCCCUGGGACAGCGAGGACGAGCUAAAGCAGCCUGCCCCGCAGCCGAGGCGGAGAGCAGGGAGCGGGAGAGGGAGCCAGAAGGGGACGGAGCGAGUCGGGGCGGAGGGGCACCGGGAGCGCGCUCACUUCUCCGCCAAGUGACAACUUUCCCCGGAGAGAGUGCAGAGCGCGCACCUCCGGGCGCCGGGAAAGUCAGUGGGAAAUUGAGAUUUUAGGGGAGAAAGUCUGAUUGCCCCCCUGUCCUCUUCCCUCCUUCUAAUCCCAUUAAAAAGACAAAACAACAACAAUAACAAGCAACUUGCUAUAAUCCCGUCUGUUCCCCACUCCUGGCACCAUGAAGGCGGCCGUCGAUCUGAAACCGACUCUCACCAUCAUCAAGACGGAAAAAGUCGAUCUGGAGCUUUUCCCCUCCCCGGACAUGGAAUGUGCAGAUGUCCCACUAUUAACUCCAAGCAGCAAAGAAAUGAUGUCUCAAGCGUUGAAAGCUACUUUCAGUGGUUUCACUAAAGAGCAGCAACGACUGGGAAUUCCAAAAGACCCCCGGCAGUGGACGGAAACCCACGUUCGGGACUGGGUGAUGUGGGCCGUGAACGAGUUCAGCCUGAAGGGGGUGGACUUCCAGAAGUUCUGUAUGAACGGUGGUGCCCUCUGUGCCCUGGGGAAAGACCGCUUUCUUGAGCUGGCCCCGGACUUCGUUGGGGACAUCUUAUGGGAACAUCUAGAGAUCCUGCAGAAAGAGGAUGUGAAACCAUAUCAAGUUAAUGGAGUCAACCCUACCUACCCAGAAUCCCGUUAUACCUCGGAUUACUUCAUUAGCUAUGGUAUUGAGCAUGCCCAGUGCGUCCCUCCAUCAGAGUUCUCAGAGCCCAGCUUCAUCACAGAGUCCUACCAGACCCUCCAUCCCAUCAGUUCUGAGGAACUCCUCUCUCUCAAGUAUGAGAACGACUACCCCUCGGUCAUACUCCGGGACCCUCUCCAGACAGACACUUUGCAGACCGACUACUUUGCAAUCAAACAAGAAGUUGUAACCCCAGACAACAUGUGCAUGGGACGGACUAGUCGUGGUAAACUCGGGGGCCAGGACUCUUUUGAGAGCAUAGAGAGCUACGAUAGUUGCGAUCGCCUCACCCAGUCCUGGAGCAGCCAGUCAUCUUUCAACAGCCUGCAGCGUGUCCCCUCCUAUGACAGCUUCGACUCCGAGGACUAUCCGGCUGCCCUGCCCAACCACAAGCCCAAGGGCACCUUCAAGGACUAUGUGCGUGACCGCGCUGACCUCAACAAGGACAAGCCUGUCAUUCCCGCCGCUGCCCUGGCUGGUUACACAGGCAGUGGACCCAUCCAGCUGUGGCAGUUUCUUCUAGAAUUACUCACUGAUAAAUCCUGUCAGUCUUUUAUCAGCUGGACAGGAGAUGGCUGGGAAUUCAAGCUUUCUGACCCCGAUGAGGUUGCCAGGAGAUGGGGAAAGAGGAAAAACAAGCCUAAGAUGAAUUAUGAGAAACUGAGCCGUGGCCUACGCUACUAUUAUGACAAAAACAUCAUCCACAAGACAGCAGGGAAACGCUAUGUGUAUCGCUUCGUGUGUGACCUGCAGAGUCUACUGGGCUACACCCCUGAGGAGCUCCACGCCAUGCUGGACGUCAAACCCGAUGCUGAUGAGUGACGGGCGUGGAAGGAGUCAGGGAAACUUUUGCUAAGACAUUUCAACGAACGACCGCAUCAGUUGGACUCUUAAUUUUUUAAUUGUUAUUCUAUUUUUUAUUUUCCAGAACUCAUUUUUUUUUUUUUUUUUUUUUUACAUUCAGGGGUGGGAGCUAAGUGAGCUGCAGCUAUAAUCGAUUGUGCAUGGCUGAAAAAGGAAAGCCGAGACUUUUGGGGUGGGUGGGACCAGACAUUCUUGAGCAAAUUUUCAGGAGAGGGAGAAGGGUCUUCGUAGAAGCCUGAAGAAUCUGACUUGAGGGAGGAAGAGAUUAAUGUGUCCAAUCAUUAAAAAAAAAAAUCCAUGAAAUAAACGGGUCUUGAGUUAUGGACCCCUUAUCAAAAGAAAUUGAUCCAUCAGGAGUCAUGAAACUGAUGAGAGGCAAUUAAUUUGCUUUUGUUUUUAGGUCUGGGAGGCCAAAAAGAAAAAAAGGAGGGUGGGAUGAAACACUUUAUUUGGGGGAUGCACUAAGACCCAAGAACUAUUUACCUUUCACUCUACUUUGGGAACAAAGAUGGACUUCAGUGGGGAGGGACCAAAACUGUUUUUGUGUUAAAGUUUAUUUUAUUAAAUUUUGUGCCAGUAUUUUUUUUUCUUAAAAAUCGUCUUAAGCUCUAAGGUGGUCUCAGUAUUGCGGUAUCAUGCAAGUCUGUUUUUAGUUGCCGGCUGAGGAUUCUGUCACAGUGAAAGAAAACUGUUUAUAUAGACCCCACUGGAAAAGCAAAGUGCUGUCACUGAGAUUGGGGAUCCCCAUUCCAUGUAAUAUGAAGGAGAAAUUAAUGCUGAUUUGCGUACAAGGGAGCCAUGUACAGUUUUAAAAAAUUGUUAUCACACCCCUUUACUUAUUUGUCAUUAGUGAUUUCUCGGGGUUUGGGCUUAAUGUUGCGCUGACAAACGUUAAGUCUUUGAACUGAAUGUAUUUUGCAGCCCUGAUUUUGGACUACAGUUAGCGUAGGAGCACUGAGGAAGCAGUGGGAAGGAAAUCUAAGAGGAAGAUUGACUUUGUGCUUUGUAGAUUCUAGACCUGUAAUAAUCGACAUUACUUGGAAAAAAAAAGAGCUGCGUGCUUGAGCAGUUAGGCCCGGCCUUAAGAAAUAAGUCCAGGAUGCUUGUCGUUCCAAACGAACACCCCGCACUGUUUCUUUUAUAUCUUAUUUUCCCCAGCGUCCCACAUCUGUUGUUUCCCCCUCCCCACCUCUGUGUUGCUCAGUAAGGGAAUGUGCAGCCUUCUCAUUGGUGAGUGAGAGAGUAACUGCAGAUAAGGCAUGAGUUGAAGAGUUUCUAAUAAAGCCAUGCAGACCUGCUGGGUUCUAGAAGAAGCAGUGGAAGUUAAGAGAACAAACACAUAAAAUGUGACUUGACUGUCUACAGGAGAAAUGCAAGGCUUUUCUUUGCCAAACAUAAGCCAGUUGAGAUUUGGAAUGUUUGACUUGACUGUGGUAUGCAAAGUGAACAGGGGAGAUAAUUUCAGGCCCUUGCACUGGAUCCAUUCUCUUGGCACAGGGGAAGUGAAUAUUCCUAACUGCAGAGGAGAGGAAUGCCUGCAAGGCAAAGGGAACAUAAGGAAAGGAGCUUGAGUGAAGAAAAUUAACUGGUCCGUGGGAUUUGAAUGCAUCAUGAUUAUUAUUGAAUAAUCAAUUCACAGGUUGCGAUAGGUGAUAUGAAAUUGGGGCUUGGUGGGGGAAGCCAUCCUCUAGUUAGUGAGGAAAUGUGUCUUUUCUAUGACUCCAUCCCACCCUGUAAAUGCUCCCCUCCUAGGAUGGUGAAAGCAGGAAAGCCUUAUGAACUUCACUGAGAGAGGGGAAGAAACAGUGAAGGUGGACUUCUCAGGGCUAGCGCUGCUUGGACAUUAGCUGAGAAACUGGAAGUAGGAACUACCUUCUAGCAUUACUUCACAAGAAAGUUGGUUGAUUACUCCCAGGUCCUCUUGCAGGCCCUGAAUGUUCAGGAACAUCGCUUCGGGAUUCCCCAGUGUCCUCAUACGGAUAGAUUGAGAGUCCACAAAGAAAGCAAAGGCAGAAUUUUCCCAGCUGUCUAUUUUGAUCUUCUUUCUGGUGCAGGUGCCUUAAUGAAGCUCUCACAAUAUUUUAGGAGCUGCUCAGGGAGUGUUAGGUGGAACUGUUUGGACCACAUUGCUUUCUCUUAGACUCUGUGAUCUUUGUUGGGCACUGGCAAAGGUGUGUGUUGUGUGUGCAUGUGUGUGUGUGUGUGUGUGUGUGUGUGUGUGCCUUUGCAGACAUGAAAAACUGCAGCUGAGAUAUUACCCAAGUUUCACAUUUCAGUAAUGGGUGAGAGUAGAACCAUGGCCAGGCGUGGAUCCUUGCUUGCUGUUUGCAACCAGACAUAAAAUCACUUUCUCAACUCAUCAACCGUUCCUAUUAAAUUUAUGUGGAAAACUCCCCCUUUGUUAGUAUGUCUAACUCCUGCAAUUCCAUAGCAGGUAAGAUGUAAGAAAGUGCCUCCUAGUGCUCCACGUCCAGCUUGUCUGCUAAGAUUCCCUUGCUCUCUAGGUCCACCGUUUUCAGUAUUUGUAGAUAGUGCAUUAGUUAAGACCGCUUUGUCGUUCUGGCCGGAUGCUUUUUCUCCCUCUGUCUAAAAGGCCAGAUACCAUCCCAGGAAGAGUGGUGGGUGGUUUAUACACUGGAAAUGUAGCAGAAUUGUUGCAUUUAUGCUUUUUAAAACACACAUGCUAACUUCAGAGGAAGGAUGGGCAGAUCUGGUGUAGCUGGGUGAAACCCUUAUUUUCCUGGAGAUGCCUUAACCUAUUUCGGUUUUGGCUUUGGGGUUCAGAGUCAUUUUGUUCCCUUCUCCAUUCAGGGGAGGGACCUCCCUGCACAUGGCCCUGGCCUUGUGGCUUUGGGGGCUGGAGGUAGCAUUCCAAGAUCAGAUGUGCUUAUCCUGACUUUGGAACUGAACUCUGGGUUUUAAGCAUUAACCUGCCUAACCUUCAUGGUGAAAGCACACCUUCUCUCUCCCAGUCAUGCUGUGCGUGCUGCUUUCUCUGUUGGGGUCUAUAUAAAUUUGUUGAACUCUUAUCUACAUUCCAAAGAAGUUUCAAGGAACAAUAAAUAUAUGUAUACAUAUACAUAUAUAAAAUAUAUAUAUUAAAAUGGAAAUUAUCUCUAUCAGGAAUACUGCCUCAGUUAUUGAACUUUUUUUAAGGAAACUUUUUUUAAGCCAAGAACUAUAGGGGUGAAAAAAAAAGAUGUUAUAUUGUGUUUGACUAUUUUCCAACUUGUAUUUUCAUAUAAUUUAUAUUUUUUAAAAGCUGAAAAUUUAAAAGCGAGAUGAAAAAAAGGAAAAGCAGGUGCUUUUUAAAAAUCAGAACUGAGGUAGCUUAGAGAUGUAGCGAUGUUUAGUGUCUAUGUGUUUUGUUUUGUUUUUUUAAAUGCAAAAAAAAAAUUUCUUAUUGGGGAGUUUUUUUGUUUAUUUUAGUAGCUGAUGCUGGCACAUCAUUUUGCUGGAGAGUUUUUUAUAUACUGUAGCCUGAUUUCAUAUUGUAUUUUAAACUGUGUGAGAUUAAAAACAAAGAAAUUCAUUCAUAA